GUCGUGUUAUUCCCCUCACUGAGCUCUCUCUCUCUCAUCCUCUGCUCUGACUCUCUUGUGCGCUCUCGAGCUCGGCAGGCAGACGAGACCUCUCCUCUCGUGCUCCCCUUCUUCUUCUCUCUUCUCUGUCAUUCAUUACAUACAACUACUUUACCUGUUUCUUUUCCUGUCUUCUUUUUCAAUUUCUUCCUCUUCUUAUCCCCCAAGCCCCCUGUACUCGGGGCAUUAGAAGGGGGUCCCAGAGUGUAUGUGUGCGUGCAAGUGAGAGUGUGGUGGAGGUUUCGGCAUGGAGGCAUUGGCACUUUAUACGUUUCGUGCCACGGAGGGCGAUGAACUCAGUUUUAACAAGGGAGACAUGCUUAAGAUCACCAACAUGGAGGAUGAUCCAAACUGGUACACAGCUGAGCUCCACAACCGGAAAGGCUUUGUGCCAAAAAACUACAUCAACCUGAGGCCGCACGCCUGGUUCGCAGGGCGAAUUUCUCGCAGUGUGGCAGAGAGUCGACUCAGACACAGGGAGUGUGGGGCUUUUCUGGUCAGAGAGAGCGAGAGCGCCCCUGGGGAGUUUUCGAUGUCCGUCAGUUACGGGGACCACGUUCAGCAUUUUAAGGUGCUGCAGGAUCGCUGCGGUCAGUACUACGUGUGGGACGAACGCUUCUCCUCUCUGAACGAGCUUGUGGAGUUUUACCACAGCAGCAGCAUCGCCAAGGAGAGAACCGUCUUUCUGAGGGACCCAGAGCACUUCGCCAGGCGUCCUCAUCAUGCCCACGCUCUCUUCGACUUCAACCCCCACCACCCCUCCCAGCUACGCUUCCUGCGUGGCGAUGUCAUCGAACUGUUGGACUGCUCCGACUCGCUGCGCUGGAGGGGCCGAUGUCACGGACACGUGGGCUACUUUCCUCCGGAGUACGUCCAGCCCGUUUACCAAUGCCAGUGACCUGACGGAUCCCCAGUGUUCACCAAUGAGCCAACAUUAACCCCACCCCCUCACGCCUAUCACUUUACCCACACUUUGUUUUUUUGGAGCGGAAAAACUGAAAAAAACUACAACUGAAAGGCUUGGUUUGUUUCUGGCUCCUCCUAUUUUCCUGUGAUGUCACCUCUCAAUUACAAACCCUGCCGACUCAGCUGCUUCAGGCUAACCAAACGCUUCAACCUCAUCCUACUGCUCCACUUCUCCAGAUUUAAAAAAAAAAAAAAAAUCACAAAUGGACCUAGACACUGUGGAGAACUCACACACAAGCACAGCUAAACCUCCAUUCACAAUACGCCCUGGGAAUGAUCAUUUUUAACAGCUUUUCAACUUUGGUUUAAACUAAAUAGAAGCAGAACAAACCUACCUGAUGG